UUCCCUCCUGGAGCCCGGCCGCUCGCUCCGCUCCCGCUCAGCUCCGCUCCGCUCGGCCACCGGGAGCGCAGGCAGCAGCCGGGGCUGCCAGGGUUAGCGGCGGCCGGGGCUGCCAGGGUCAGCGCCUCCCGCCUUCCCGCCGCUGCUCGGCCGGUCGCACACGCGGCGCGAGGCCCGGGCCCGGAGCGCGAACGCAGAGCCCCGGGCGCCAGGAGGGGCUGCAGCCGGUGGGCAGAGGCGCGCGGGGAGGGGCCGCAGCAUCCUCUGUCCCCGCGGCGCCCCGGCCGGGAGAGGAGGGGGCCGGGUGCCCGGCCACCAGCCGCUCAGCCUAUUGCUGGAAGAGCGAAGGUGAGUGACGAUGGCGGAGAGCACGUGACCUGCACGGACCCUUCUCUGCCCACCGAGUGGCACCGCCAUGCAGAAGCCCAGCGGCCUGAAGCCCCCCGGCCGCGGGGGGAAGCACUCAAGCCCCAUGGGCCGGACGUCCACUGGAUCAACCUCGGCCUCUGCCACUGUGACGGCCACUGGCUCCAAGGAAGGCUCCCCCCUGCACAAGCAGGCCUCGGGCCCCCCGGCCGCGGCCCCCGCCGCCCCUGAGAAGCCCGGCGCUAAGGCGGCCGAGGUGGGCGACGAGUUCGUGGGGGACUUCGUGGUGGGCGAGCGCGUGUGGGUGAACGGCGUGAAGGCGGGCGUGGUGCAGUACCUGGGCGAGACGCAGUUCGCGCCGGGCCAGUGGGCGGGCGUGGUGCUGGACGAGCCGGUGGGCAAGAACGAUGGCGCCGUGGGCGGCGUGCGCUACUUCGAGUGCCCGGCCCUGCAGGGCAUCUUCACGCGGCCCUCCAAGCUGACGCGGCAGCCUGCGGCUGAGGGCUCGGGCAGCGAUGCGCACUCGGUCGAGUCGCUGACCACCCAGAACCUGUCGCUGCACUCGGGCACGGCCACGCCGCCGCUGACCAGCCGCGUCAUCCCCCUGCGGGAGAGCGUCCUCAAUAGCUCCGUCAAGACCGGCAACGAGUCGGGCUCCAACCUCUCCGACAGCGGCUCUGUGAAGCGGGGUGACAAGGACCUGCGCCUGGGAGACCGUGUGCUGGUUGGUGGGACGAAGACUGGCGUGGUACGGUACGUCGGGGAGACAGACUUUGCCAAGGGCGAGUGGUGUGGCGUGGAGCUGGACGAGCCCCUUGGGAAGAACGAUGGGGCAGUGGCGGGCACCAGGUACUUCCAGUGCCCACCCAAGUUUGGUCUCUUCGCGCCCAUCCACAAGGUAAUCCGCAUCGGCUUCCCAUCCACCAGCCCAGCCAAGGCCAAGAAGACCAAGCGCAUGGCCAUGGGAGUCUCGGCACUGACCCACAGUCCCAGCAGUUCCUCCAUCAGCUCUGUCAGCUCUGUGGCCUCCUCCGUGGGGGGCCGGCCCAGCCGCAGUGGCCUGCUCACGGAGACCUCUUCACGCUAUGCCCGCAAGAUCUCGGGCACAACUGCCUUGCAAGAGGCGCUGAAGGAGAAACAGCAGCACAUUGAGCAGUUGCUGGCUGAACGGGACCUGGAGCGGGCCGAGGUGGCCAAGGCCACGAGCCACAUCUGUGAGGUGGAGAAGGAGAUCGCCCUGCUCAAGGCACAGCAUGAGCAGUAUGUUGCAGAGGCAGAGGAGAAGCUGCAGCGGGCCCGGCUGCUGGUGGAGAGCGUGCGGAAAGAGAAGGUGGACCUGUCCAACCAGCUGGAGGAGGAGAGGAGGAAGGUGGAGGACCUGCAGUUCCGAGUGGAGGAGGAGUCCAUCACCAAGGGAGACCUGGAGACCCAGACGCAGCUGGAGCACGCGCGCAUUGGCGAGCUGGAGAAAAACCUGCUACUGGAGAAGGCGCAGGCCGAGCGGCUGCUCCGAGAAUUAGCCGACAACAGGCUGACCACGGUGGCCGAGAAGUCGCGGGUGCUGCAGCUGGAGGAGGAGCUGAGCCUGCGGCGCGGGGAGAUCCAGGAGCUGCAGCAGUGCCUGCUACACUCCGGCCCGCCACCCGCCGAUCACCCCGAGGCCGCCGAGACCCUGCGGCUGCGGGAGCGGCUGCUGUCCGCCAGCAAGGAGCACCAGAGGGAGAGCGGCAUGUUGAGGGACAAGUACGAGAAGGCACUGAGGGCCUACCAGGCGGAGGUGGAGAAGCUGCGGGCGGCCAACGAGAAGUACGCGCAGGAGGUGGUGGACCUCAAGGCCAAGGUCCAGCAGGCCACCAGCGAGAACAUGGGGCUCAUGGACAACUGGAAGUCCAAGCUGGACUCGCUGGCCUUGGACCACCAGAAGUCCCUGGAGGACCUCAAGGCCACCCUGAACUCGAGCCCGGGUGCCCAGCAGAAGGAGAUCGGGGAGCUGAAGGCCGUGAUGGAGGGCAUCAAGAUGGAGCACCAGCUGGAGCUGGGCAAUUUGCGGGCCAAGCACGACAUUGAGACGGCCAUGCACGUGAAGGAGAAAGAGGGCCUGCGGCAGAAGCUGCAAGAGGCCCAGGAGGAGCUGGCCGGGGUGCAGCAGCACUGGCGGGCCCAGCUGGAGGUGCAGGCCAGCCAGCACCGGCUGGAGCUGCAGGAGGCCCAGGACCGGUGCCGCGACGCCGAGCUGCGGGUGCGCGAGCUGGAGAAGCUGGACGUGGAGUACCGGGGCCAGGCACAGGCCAUUGCAUUCCUCAAGGAGCAGAUCUCCCUGGCCGAGAAGAAGAUGCUAGACUAUGAGCUGCUGCAGCACUCGGAGGCCCAGAGCAAGCAGGAGGCCGAGAGGCUGCGGGAGAAGCUUCUGGUCACUGAAAACAGACUCCAGGCUGUCGAGUCCCUGUGUUCGACCCAGCACACCAACAUGAUUGAGUCCAACGACAUUUCAGGGGAGAAGAUGAGGAUGAAGGAGACUGUGGAGGGCCUGCAGGACAAGCUGAACAAGAGGGACAAAGAGGUGACAGCCUUAACAUCCCAGACCGAGAUGCUCAGGGCCCAAGUAAGUGCACUGGAGAGCAAGUGCAGGUCGGGAGAGAAGAAGGUGGACACCCUCCAGAAGGAGAAGCGGCGCUUGGAGGUGGAGCUGGAGGCCAUGUCCCGGAAGACCCAUGACGCCUCGGGCCAGCUGGUCCUCAUCAGCCAGGAGCUGCUCAGGAAGGAGCGGAGCCUGAACGAACUGCGUGUGUUGCUUCUGGAGGCCAAUCGCCACUCCCCGGGGCCUGAGAGGGACCUGAGCCGCGAGGUCCACAAGGCCGAGUGGCGGAUCAAGGAGCAGAAACUCAAGGAUGACAUCCGGGGUCUGCGGGAACAGCUGACCGGGCUGGACAAAGAGAAGUCCCUGUCGGAUCAGAGGCGCUACUCCCUCAUUGAGCCGUCCUCGUCCUCGUCACCGGAGCUCCUGCGGCUGCAGCACCAGCUGAUGAGCACAGAGGAUGCCCUGCGGGACGCGCUGGACCAGACUCAUCAGGUGGAGAGGCUCAUGGAGGCUAUGAGGGGCUGCCCGGAUAAGUCCCAGGCCACCGGCAAUUCCGGUUCUGCAAAUGGCAUCCACCAGCAAGACAAGGCCCACAAACAAGAGGACAAGCACUGACCCUGAGGGACACUGUGGAGCUGCCGGUCCACACCAGAGCCCCUCCAGCCUGCCCCAGCGGCGCCACCUCCAGGCAGGGGCCAGGACUGUUGCUUUGGAGAAGAGAACAGUGUAACAAUAACGUACCCACCGCCGCGGACAAUCCCCCACCCCGACCCCCCUGCCGGACCAGGAGGCUUCCUCAAGCACGACCUUCCACAGAAGGCGGUACAACCCCGGCCUGGUCCCCGGGACCUUCAGCCUGGACACCCUGGACACCCCGACAGUUUCUGGAGUUGGUUUGGGGAGGCCGAUGUGAUCCGGCCAGGCCCCCUCCCCAGAAGGAGCUGCCCUGUGGACCAUCUUGGCCCUUUGGGCACGUCCCUGCCCUCCCUUUCUUCCCCUUCUUCUCCUGGGUCCCUCUCAGACCCCAGAGCCAUUGUCCCAGGAAGGGGCCAGAGGAGGGCUCCAGCUUCUCCUUCAGGCAACAAAGAGGGAAGUCCAGCCCUUAGGAGCCAGGUGGGGGACCCCCUUUUCUGCAGCUGCUUCCAGGCCAAGGCAGUCCCCAGGGCUUCUUGUCCCCGCAUACUGAGCCUCUUUCAUGCAGUGGUACAAGUUCCCUUCAGCCCGUCUGCCCAGUGAGGCCCCAGGUUCAAAGUGCUGGGAGGUGAGGCCCUUCGUUCCCACCCUGACCCCAACGCACACACAGCUCCGAGCUGCUGGCCGGAGGGUUGUCACCAAGGCCGGGAGCCACAGUAUUAGGAAAGUCUGGAAGCCCCUCUCCUUCCUGCACCCCCUACCCCCAGUGACCUGGCUUGGAGCUGGAAAAGGGUGGCCCCAGGGGGCCCAGGACUAGGGCUCUGGGUAUGUUUUGACUGGUCAGUAAUAUGCUGUCCCCUGGGUUGACUUGUUCCGAAACCGGGCCUGCCAUCUGCAGAUUCACCCUUGCAGACCCCGACAUAUACACCCACUGACCCUUGGCACACACACUCAGGGGGUCAUGCGUGCACACGUGCCGUGUAGGUGGGACUUUUGCAGUCAGCCACACUCAGACCACAUGGACGCUCGCCCUCGGGUUCCAGGACCAAGCCCCAGGCCUGGCAGGGCCGUGACCACACGCGUUGCAAGUGCUCCUGCGACCUUACCGUGCACAUACACAGCCAGGGACACAUGGGUGAGCCUUCGGGGGGGCGUGGCCACACAUGCACAGGAACACACAUCCCAACAGCCCCCUUUCAGUGGUACAAGGCAUCUGCCUUGGGCUUUUUAAGCCCUGUCUUCUGUAGCCAAGAAAAGAGCCCAAGGAUGAUUGGGACAAGAAAAAUCUCCCUGCCUCCCCCGCUUCCCCUCAAGCCCUGCCAAGUUACUCCAGCCUCAUGUGUGGUGGGAAAAGACAGCGUCUGCCCAAAGCCCCCACUUUUAGAGCUGGAGGGCCCACGGGUGACUGCCUUGUACCCUGCAGCGUCUCUGUGGAGGGCCUGCCCCUCCUCCCCCAGCUCAGGGAGAGUGCUCACAGGGGCCUCUCCCACUAGGGUCUGGUGGGGGGGGUGGUCUGAUGGCCCAUCUCGGUGUUCCUGAAUUGCACCAGGACAGGUAUGCAGUUGGUGCCCUGGGAGCAGCCCAGGUAGCCUCUGAGUGCUCCUGGGGACAGGUGGGUGGUGCUCACGUCCCUGCCCCAAAGCAGCCCAUCCUGGGGGUGGCCAGUUAGUCCCAUCGGCCCCCUCCCCUCUCCCCGUUGGCUUUCGGUAGCUCUUGCAUGCGGUUUUAUUAACAACGGUCUAGAAGCAACGCUGUAGUGGCUUAACCCAGAGUCAAAUUCUACUCUUUCCAGCAAAAUCAGGCAGCUGCCCUGCCCACUGGAGAUUAGUCUACUAACAGCCAAAAGCCCACACCGGGAGGGGCUGAGCCCCCGGGGCAGGCUGGCAGGUGGCAAGCGCUUUCCCUGUGAGCGUCUGCGCCUGCCCAGUGUGCGCUCAGCCACGCCCCCUCCCCAAGUCCUCCCGCACCCUUCCCUUCCCCAAAGUGGAAUUGUUGAAGUGUGGCGAGUCCGUGCUCGAGACAAUAAAGCUUGUGACUGAGGUCCAGGA